AUGCGCAAGCAAGUUGAUAGAGCCAUUGGUGUUAAAAAUGCCGAUGAAAUUAGUACAACUGCUCAUGAUAUUGAAGUUGCACGUGGUAUUCGUAUUUCUACUGAUGAUACAAUUUGUGAUGUUCAACAUAUUCUUAUUAAUUGUCAUACUGAUGAUGGUGGUACUGGUACUCAAACACAAGCUAGUCGUAUUCAAGAUAUUGAUAAUAUUGAAGCAUUUGAUGCUGGUGUACCAACUACUGAAGUGAUAAUCUAUAGCUGCGGCGAAAAAGAAUAA